AUGAAGUCACCCAAUAAGAUGGGACGGUUGGGUACUGUGGAUUUCCGUGACAUUGCUAGAAUCACCAUCUAUCUCCCUUUUUAUUGUAUGCUUGGGAGUUUAUGCUAUGCUAUUUUCUUCUACUUUGAUGAAGUCACGGAGUCGAAGUGUGGAGUUCAUAAUUUUGUUCCUUCAAUAAGUGGGGCUUUUAUGUCUAUACCACGAUCAGAAGAAACUACUCCUGUUGAACGAUGCAUUCGUUCAUUCAUAAUCAAAUCUAUCUACGGUAUUGCACAGUCUCGUAGUGGUAAUGCCUAUGCGACUGCCUGUAUCUCUGAUGUUGGAGCUCGUAAUAAUCUUAUGAUUUACCUUGAAGAGGAUCCAGAAAUCGGAGCUACGAUUAAGCAGAAUCUCGAUUCCAAUUCUCCUAUCAAAAUGGGUGACACUAUCAGCCUAGAGAUUCUCUUGAAGAAUGGUGCCAAUCAAUUAGUUGUCCUCGAAGUGUGGCAAUUUCGUCUGGACACUGAGGACAACUUGCUUCGUCGUGGUCGCCUGCCUUGUUCCAAGGUAGUAGCAAAUCACUCUGGUCUCCAGCCAGCCAUCUCCUCCCUUCCGCCUGCUGCUUCACCCUCUCCCACACCAUCUCCGAAUGACCCCACUUCUGUCGUAGGACAACAGGCGUAUUUUUCUGUUCAAGACUUUCGACGAUCACGAUUGUUUGAGCGUCUGGGGAGUCUAUUGAAAAGUCUCUUGGUCACUACUCGAAUGCUUCCGGCCUACGAAUUUUCCAGAAACCAACAGCAUUUGAUGUGCUACACCCUACGUCGAGAUGAAGUCCCACUUGAUCGACUAGGUGCAGAUGCUGUGGUAUGCCGUCAGGUUGGCCAUCUCGCUACAGGUCUAGCUGUCGGUCCUGAAGCCACCAGUGUUUUCCUCAAUGUCUCUGUUCGCUAUCGAAUCAAUUUGAACGACAUUGAUUUUGAAGAACAUAUUCCUCAACCCCUAUCUCAAGUGCAAUCUCGGCGGCCUCGCUCUAGAAGACCGCGUAUUCGCCCUGCAUUUGCAACCACCGCAGAUCCAGAUGACGAUUACUUUCAAGAGGACUUGCAAGAGGAGAAUGAGAAUGGAGAGGAAGAAUUUGGAGAUGGAGCCUACAGAUUUGCCAAUGAAGGUGAAACCAUUUUUGAUGAGGCAACAGGAUGCUACUAUUACUUCCAAGAUGACGGUGGAGUCCUCGAGGGCUCCACAUGCAUACAGGGCAGUGAAGAAAAUACCAACAAUUCGGGAGAGUCGCCCCGAGGAUUUGAGGGCGAGGAGAGUGGUGGAGUAAACGGUGGAGAGGAAAUCAGUCGGAAUAAGGCUCCGCUUCACCUUGCGUUCGCUUCCCUAGAUCUUGGAGCUGGGUCGUCUGCAGGCGGUGGUUGCGCAAGAAUGGCGCAUUUAGUGACCGAGUUGCGAACCAAAACCGAUCUUGAUCUCUUUCGUGUUCCAGGUGCUGCUACGAACACAUCUACAUCCUCAGUGUUUGAUCCCAAUGCUCUUGGGGAUGAGUUAGAGAGGCACGAGAAGACACUGCGAGAAUUCGAUGACUUUUUGUCAGACUUUCUAACUGCGCAACCGAAUCUUACCGGUGUGAUGAACCACUAG